AUGCUGAAUGGGGAGGUGCAGACGGUGGUGAUUGCCCCGGGCCUGUCCAUUGUGCCACGGCCGCGGUCCAGUGGCCCUCCUACGAGGAAAGGCGUGAAACCCGGUCCAUCGAAGCCCUCCGUGACGACCAAAGGGAAGCCAUCGGUGAAGGCCGAGGCAAAAGAGGGGCAAGGGGGGGUGGGGUGGAAGAAUGUGUACGAUCUCCAGCCAUCCCCCUCGGCGACGUUCCCCCAUAGUGAUCGGGGCUCCGUAUCGGCUACAACAUCCCUCACGGAACGCGCUAGGAUGAGAGGAUCCGACACAGAAAAAUGGCGCGGCGGGUACUGGAAGAAUGUUGAUGUGCAUCGCUAUAUCGCACGACACUACUUUGGUGAGCCACCGAAAAAGGAGUCAUGA